UAUUACUCAUCACUCUUCCUCACUCUUCCACAACACCAACAACUACUACUGCCACGUGUCAUUCAUCACCUCGUUUUUCCCUUCUUCUUCCUUCUUCACACUCCUUUCCCUCAUCACACAACCAAACCCUCUCUCUCUCUCUAAAAUUCGCCUAUGAUCUUCAUACACUAUUCACUAAUUUCUUUCCAUUUCUGUUUUUCUCUCACUCCACCAGAAUAAGUUCAAUCCUACGGUCUGAAAUAGAAACUUGGACUUUGUUUUAAUGAAUUAAUAAUCAAAUAAAAAGAAAUAAAGUGAUGGGGGGUAUUUGUUCAAGAAAGAGAAAUCAACAAGUGAUAGAAGAUGAUAUACGCAGAGGAGUAUCAAGAAGAUAUUGUAGAAGUGGCAGUACAAAAUGGUUAGGAGCAAGAAGUUUUAAGGCUAAUCAUUCUCCUGGCGGGGGUACAUGUCCUUCUCUUAUGGAUUUAUGCAUAAAUAAGAUCCGCGAGGAUUUUCAUAAAUACGAGUCCUUUUCGAUUCUUCCCAGAGAUAUAAGUCAGUUAAUCUUCAAUGAAUUGGUGGAGUCUCAUUGUCUUACUGAAACAUCCCUCAAUGCUUUUCGAGAUUGUGCUCUUCAGGAUGUUUACUUGGGUGAAUAUCUUGGAGUGAAUGAUGGUUGGAUGGAUGUCAUUGCUUCACAAGGGCCGUCUUUACUUGCAGUUGAUGUUUCUGGUUCUAAUGUGACAGACCAUGGACUGCGACUCCUAAAGGAUUGCUUGAAUCUUCAAGCUUUGACCCUUAAUUACUGUGAUCAAUUUUCAGAACAUGGACUCAAACACUUAAGUGGUCUGUCAAACUUGACUUCAUUGAGUAUCAGAAAGAGCUGUGCUGUCACACCUGAUGGAAUGCGUGCAUUUUCCAACUUAGUUAAUUUGGAGAAGUUGGACCUUGAGAGGUGUUCAGAUAUUCAUGGUGGAUUUGUUCAUUUUAAAGGUCUGAAAAAGCUGGAGUCUCUUAAUAUCGGAUGCUGUAAAUGUGUUACAGACUCAGACAUGAAGGCUAUCUCAGGUUUUAUUAAUUUAAAGGAGUUGCAAAUUUCCAACAGCAGUAUUACUGAUCUUGGGAUUUCUUACUUAAGAGGUUUGCAAAAGCUUAGCACAUUAAAUGUUGAAGGAUGCAGUAUCACUGCUGCAUGUUUUGAGUAUAUUUCUGCCUUAGCUGCCCUGGCAUGCUUAAAUCUCAACAGAUGUGGUCUUUCUGACGAUGGAUUUGAGAAAUUUUCUGGUCUUACAGGCUUGAAGAGGUUAAGUCUUGCAUUUAACAAGAUUACAGACGCAUGCUUAGUUCAUCUAAAAGGUUUAACAAAAUUGGAGUAUUUGAAUCUGGAUUCUUGCCAGAUCGGGGAUGAAGGACUUGUGAAUUUGACAGGCCUCACUCUCUUGAAAAGCCUAGUGUUGUCUGACACUGAAGUCGGGAACAGCGGGAUUCGAUAUAUAUCAGGUUUAAACAAGCUGGAAGAUUUGAAUCUGUCAUUCACCUCAGUGACUGAUAAUGGCCUAAAAAGGCUCUUGGGAUUGACAAAUCUUAAAUCACUUAAUCUGGAUGCUCGACAGAUAACUGAUGCUGGAUUGGCAAAUCUUACAAGUCUGAGUGGAUUGAUAACAUUGGAUCUCUUUGGAGCCCGUAUUACCGACUCUGGAACUACAUAUUUACGAUCGUUCAAGAACCUGCAAUCCCUUGAGAUAUGUGGUGGAUUAUUAACUGAUGCAGGCGUGAAAAAUAUAAGAGAAAUUGUUUCCUUGACACAGCUAAACCUUUCCCAGAACUGCAAAUUGACAGAUAAAACUCUGGAAUUAAUCUCUGGAAUGACUGCACUGAGGUCGCUAAAUGUCUCAAAUUCUCGUGUAACAAAUGAAGGACUGCGGUAUUUGAAGCCUUUGAAAAAUUUACGCACUCUUUCCUUGGAGUCUUGCAAGGUCAAUGCGGCUGACAUUAAGAAGCUCCAUUCAACUGAUCUUCCAAAUUUGAUAAGCUUUCGACCAGAGUAGACCAGGUGAUCAAGAGAAUUCUGCUCUCUGCACGGUGAACUAGCAAUUCUCUGUACAUACUUAUAGCUACUGUUUUGGAUAAUUAUAAAAUAAGAUUAAUUGAAGAUGAGAGGUGAUUUCUAAAAAGUGUCUUUACAGUUAUAGGCAUGUAAUAUUGUAAUUAUGUUUUACUUUGCAUGUUUGUAUUUUACCUACCCGUCUAAAAAUAAUUGUACAUAUUAUCUUUUUUUUCCUCUAAGUGUGUAUGCCGUGUGGGAAUAUCUAUGUUGUCUCACCGUCUGUGCAUUAGGUAUUAUGUAAUAAUAACAACAUUCUCGUGUAAAUAAAAUGUUUUAACCUGUGCAACAAUUGUAUAAGGUUGAGAACAGAGUUUGUGCGUAUGAA